GUCUGGACCAAGUUUCCCGCGGCCGGGAAAGCAAAGACCAGCGAUCAGUCAUCAGUGAGUGGUAACAGUGAUCGCAGCAGUGGACGACGACUCUGCUUUGCUUUGCUUGCGAUCCGCAUCAGCACAUGCCAACCACCUUCAUCUCCCCGACAUAAAAGCAGCGCCCGCCGCAUCCGCACCCACCACCACCAAGGAGAGAGGCGCUUCCACACACUGACACGCAUGCACCAGCACCGGCCCGCACGCCGCGGCGAGGUCCCCGCCCCCGCCGCCGUGCCACCGGGGCACUACGCGCCCGAGGGCCAACCCUUCUUCAGGCCACCGCCCAGCCCACCGGAUCGCCCCUCGCCCAGGCCGCCGGAUCGCCCCUCGCCCAGGCCGCCGGCCGCCGCGCCACCCGAGCACCAGCGCUAUGCUGCGGCACCACCGGCAGCAGAGGAGCCGCCGGGUCGCCCGAUGGCCAGCAGGACGCCGCCGGGCUCCGAGCGUCCCAUGGCCAGCAGGACGCCGCCGGGUCGCCCCAUGCCCAGCAGCAGCACUCCUCCGCCGCCGGUGCUGCAGCCGCCGCACGCGUACCCGGCACCCCACUUUCCGCCGCCGCGCCCCCGUGGGGCUACUAGGGCCUCCUCCGCGCUGGCGUCCUGCCUGGCCGCGACGGCGUUCCUGCUGCUGUCGGCGGGCGGCGCCGGCGCGGCGCUGUUCCUGCUGUUCCGGCCGCGGCCCCCCGACAUCGCGGUGGCCGCGGUGCGCCUGCCCUCCUUCGCGGCCGCCAACGGCACCGUCGCCUUCACCUUCCAGCAGACGGCGUCGGUGCGCAACCCCAACCGCUCCCCGCUCGCGCACUUCGACAGCGAGCUCCGCGUCGCAUACGCUGGCGGCGAGCUCGGCUCCGUCUACAUCCCCGCCGGCCUCAUCGACGGCGGGCGCACCAAGGACAUGUCCGCGACCUUCGACGUCCCGGCCAUCCCCGUCGCCGCGCAGCCGACACAGAUGGGUAUCGCCGCCGCCGAAGACCAGCAGCAGCAGGCGCCGGCGGUGAUAGAGGUGGACUCGCUGCUGGUGGUGAAGGGGAGGGUGAAGAUGCUGCGACUGCUCACGCACCGGGUGCAGGCGGCCAAGGUCUGCCGCGUCGGGGUCUCGCCCAUCGACGGCAGGGUGCUCGGCUUCCGCUGCUGACAAGACAAGCUUGCUCCUUUAGCAUAGUUCAUCGUCGGCGGUUGAUGAAAGAACCGCAGCCGCAGGAGAUGGGUGACGUAGGGAAUUUGUCGAGCGAGGAUUUCCUUCUUUUUUGUGAUGAUCAGGAUCGAACCCACAGGAUCGAUCAUCUUGAUGAAUGCCGAGUGGAAAGUGGAAUGUGUACAUGCUUGCUUGCUUGCUUCCUUUCUUAGAUGAAUGAAUUUUAGAUAUAUAUUUCUUUUUGCUAAA